UGAGCCAGGCAAAUUGCAGCAGAUCCAUUUGAUUACUUAUCACGAUACCUUCUUCCGGAUACCGAAACUUAUGGCACUGAGGCGGCAGUAAAAUUGAUAGCAAUGAGUAUGAAGUGGUCUUGGAAAGCAUAAAAGAAGUCACUUUAACAGAUGAGGUACUUCAAGUUUUUUUUUUUAUAUUAUGAUAAUCAUUCCUGUAAACUAAAACAGUUUCAAAUUUUAUGUUUUAAUAUUUAUUUUCUUAGUAUAAUCUUUUAUUCUUUAAAACAAGGGAGAAAAAUGAUAUUUAUAGACGUUUUAUUUUUGUUGUUGUUGUUUUUUAUAACAGAUGACGUCGUUUCUAAACGAUGUUACUAACGUCAUGUUUUGUAUCUAUACCAGAGUAAUGGAAGGUUAAACUUGCAACCAUGAACUUUGUUAUCUAAUCAUUAGGCGUAACAACAAUCAUAAAAAUCACAAUCUAAGUAGCCAAAAAUUCUAAAUAUUGCUGAAGUAAUUGUUGCUAUCAGCUGUAAAACGUUUAGAGGGAUCCGCACUUUAGACUUAUUCGGAAUACACGAGUAGACUAUAACCUAGUUUGCACAGAACUUGAUGUAUUAAGGCCUGAUGGAAUCGGGAUUAAAGUGACAGUAUCAUAUUAUGCCUGAAAAUGUAUGCCUCUGCAUUUAUCCCAAAAUCUCAACGCGAGAAGGAUGUUAUAAAGAGUGUAAAUAUAGUCCUUUCGAGGGAACGCAAGCCUUUGUCAUUGGUUGAACUAUGUAAGCGCUUUAGAGGGAUAGAACUAGCCGAGUUGGAGGAGGUUGUGGUCAGAAAUCCCGGCUAUUUUGAAUGUUUUGAAGAUGGACAGCUUUUUGUGAAACAAGUAACUAAAGUUGAGAUAUGCGAAACUCAUUGUUCAAAAAACAAAACUUGUCCUGGAACUAUUCCGUUUUGCACUGGUUUGCAUAUAUGCAAGUUUUAUUUAUUAUCUGGAAAGUGUCCGUUUGGAGGCCAGUGUACAUUUGGUCAUGAUCUGACAAUCUCCCACAAUAUGCAGAUUUUAAAAGAAAAUUUUUUGGACGGUAUUGCAGUAGAGGAUUUAAAAUUACUUUUUGGACGGGCAGAAAGUCGAACAUCUGUGACGGCGCCAAAAAUAUGUAAAUUCUACAAUGUUGAGGGAGGAUGCAGGUAUGCAGAGUCAGGAAAACUUUGUCCAAAUUUACAUAUCUGUAAGCACUACAUUCUAGGCAGAUGUCGAUUUGGUAAAACAUGUCGCAGAAGCCAUGAUAUACUUGAGCGUGGUGUGAAAGAAAUCCUUGAAAAGCAUGGAAUUAGUACAUUGAGAACGCCAAAGGAAAUUAUAGCAGAUUUACGAGAAGCGGUAUCAAACGCAGGGAGUGAUGGAAGCAGUGUUGGGUCAUCACCUCUACACAGAGGUAUGUCCGGAUUGAGUAUUGGGUCAGGAAAUUACGAUGGGAACUCAAGCUCAGAUGACAGUGAUGGGUACGGUAUUAGCCAGCCAAGGGGAAGGAAAGGUACUAGGAACAAAAGGAAGCCGAAGCAUAACGUUCCCUCAGGUCCUGGACUUCCAAGACCUCCAUUGCCACGAGAAAGACAGAGCCCCCUGCCUGGACAAGGUUGGGCAGGUAUGCCUAUGCCAUAUCCAGUAUUUGCACCAAGACCAGCUGGGCCCCCAGCAGCCCAGAAACCACCUCGGCCAGCAUCAGCACAGAGAUCUGCAGGUCCCCAUGCUGCACAGAGGACACCACGUGCUUCCUCGGCACACAGACAGGCAGCAACUGGGAGAGCAGGUAUAAGUAGAGAGAUCUCAACAGACCAAAACUCUCGUCAGGCCAUCUGUUUCUUCCAUCUACGUGGUCGCUGUGCAUUUGGGGAAUUGACCUGUCGUAAUUUCCAUGGUGACCUGCCAUAUCAGUGGCUAUAUAAGCAGCAGGGGGAAAUGGAGUGGCAGAUUCUGCCGCCAGUUGUGAACCUAGAGAUGGAGCUGACCUACAGUGACCCAGAAAACCUGGAGUAUUACAUGGAAAUAGGUCAAAGUGUAAAAGUGAUAUUUAAAACAAUGACUGGUACAAGUGUUGACGGACAGAAGUAUGACGUUCAUAGACUGUCAACUUCAUCUUCUGUAGAGUUUGAACGACAGCCAUUAACAACAGUGUGGAAUUGGUAUUGGAAAAACCAACUCGGUCAGUGGAUAAGAUAUGGCGAGGAUGAUAUUACUGGAUACAAGUCCAAUAUAUCUAGCACUGAUCUAGAGCAGGCCUAUAUUGCCAAUCCAGAGGGUCAGCUUGCAUUCAGCACUCUUGGACACGAGUACAUUCUUGACUUUCCGAAGAUGGUACAACGUAACCUUGAGUAUAAAACUGAACGAGAAGUCUCCAGAAGACCUACAUUUAUCAGCAAACAAGAUUUUGAACAGAAAAAGAGACAGUUGCCCGGAGGACGUAGCUCAGGACAGGUGAUGAGAGGUGCGGCCAGCGGUGUUGGUGCCGUAGCAGCUCCACCCCACUGGCAGAUGAAUGCUGGAACAGAUAUAAUGGACCAUUGCAAAAUUGUUGAGAUUUUGAAAAGAUACCCGUCUACUCAGAGAGAGUAUAAGGAAAUAGAAGGAUUGUUCUGUGAGAGCAUGCCCAGCACAGUGUGUAUCAAGUCUAUAGAGAGAAUAGAAAAUGGUGACCUCUGGUGUGACUAUGUCAGUAAGAAAGUGCGGAUGCAGAAGAAGAUUAAUAGUAAAGAUGUUGGAGAGAGACGCUUAUUCCACGGCACUACUACUAGAUAUGUUGAUGCUAUCUGUAGGCAGGGAUUUGACUUCCGACUCAGUGGACAAAAAUCAGGUACAAGAUAUGGAAAGGGUAGCUAUUUUGCAACUACUUCAAAAUAUUCUGAUUGUUACACAGAUUUGGACAACAAGGCCAUGUUCAUUGUCAAAGUGCUUGUCGGGGAGUACGUCCAGGGCAAGCGCGAGUAUGUUCGGCCACCCAGCAAGGAUAAGACCAAUCCCUGUAGUGAUCUGUACGACUCGUGUGUAGACGAUAAAAAUAAUCCAAAAAUCUUUGUAAUAUUUGACAACAAUGGACAGGUGUAUCCGGAGUAUGUAGUGAAAUACGAGUACAAAUAUUAACAUUAGAUAGCUAUACAUAAAUAAAUUCACUUAUUUUUAUGCUUUUAGCAGAAAACAAGAAAAAAAGAACAGUGACUUCCAUGAUAGGACAGAUCAUCUGUAGAAAACACUUCUUUUGAAAAAAGUGAAAAGUGUUUAUUUUCUUUUAUAGAUUUCUCCAGGUGGACCGUCCUGUACUGUCCCUAGUCAUACUGCAACCUUGCAGCUAAUGCCUUUAACUACUGACAAUAUGAGCUGUCAUGUAUUUACUGAGUGGAAGCUAUUUAAGCAAUUGUACUUUAUGCCUUUUUUACAGUCAGUAUAAAGACAAGUGGUAUCUGCCACUUAUGACCACUACUAUAAAUGAAAAAUCUUAUUGAUUCAAUAAGAAGUGUCAUAAAUGAAUAAUUUUAAGCUCAGGUUUUGACUCUUCAAGUGCAGUUUCUGAAAAAACUCAUAGUAGGUCGUAAGAAUUACUUACAACCUUUCAUUAUAUUUAUUCGCCAGAAAUGAAAGGUUGUAAAUAGCUGUUGGCAAUCAGCCUUAAGGCUUUUAGAAUAUUUCCUGAGUUCUACCAUUCAUUUCAUUAAAAAUUUAAACCCAAGAUCUCAGAAAGAAACACAAUUCUCUGUUAAUAUUGAUGCUUUUGGUGUGUAAACCUUUUUUCUGUUAUGAGUGUUGAUUGUAGGUUGAACAAAAUCAAAAGCAAUGUUAAAAAUAUUCAGGGUUGCCACCAAUUAUGAUAAGUCAGGGAUUAUUUAUAAGGUCAGUGAAUUGUCAGGGAAUUUUGAAAAUGUUUCAGUAAAUUAAAAUAAAAAAAUUUAGAAAAAUAAUUUCUUUUUGCCAAAAUAUUAAUUUUAGCAAGGAUAUCAAAUCAGUCUUAAUAGUAUUUUUGCACAAUUUGUUCUUAGUUACAGUUGAUAAACUUUCUUUUUACUAAUACAUGUACCUUUUGAUUGAGUAACAAAAAAGAUAAUUUCAAAAAUACAGGUUUUUGCCAGAAACAGUAUCUUCAUUGGCUAGUAUCAUUCUUAGAUGAUGUGUUUGUUUUUUAGGCUGUCCGCUUACCUUCAGAUUGUAAGAGUUAGAAUAAACAGUAAAUGCUUGCAUUGACUGGUUGUAGGGGAGAGUGGUGCGGAUGAAAUAAGAUGGUAGUCGUCAGUGAAAAUAAUACUUUGGUUAGGGAAAAGUCUGGGAAUUCCAUUUGUCCUUGUUGGUGGCAGUCCUAAAAAUACAAGGGGCUGUCAGUGAUAGAGACGAUCCGUAUCAAAUUGGAUUUGUGUGAGAUGAUACAUGAUAUAGAAGAGUUUCAUUUCUCAGUUAUGAUUGAUAACAAAUGAUACAUUAAAAACUUUCGAAGUUAUAUAAGGAAUUUUGCAAUUAGAUGUACCAGUAUUUCUGAAUAAAUAAAUGCUGAUGGUAAAUAUUUCUUUCUUGCUUCAAAAUAGAGAGGUUGCAUUUUGAUACUAUACCAGAAAUACAUAUGUUUAAGAUUUCGUUCUUGAUCUUUAACCAUUAGCCUGGUAAAUUUCCGAAAUGGACUGGUAUAUGAUUCAAUGUGGGCAGUGCCAUUUAUUAUUUAAAGGGGCGUUCAAUGAAAAUUUACUAACUGAAUAUUGAACAGUGCAGACCAUGAUCAGACUGAACUGAUGUGCAGACUGACCUUGGUUUGCACUGGUCGCACUGUCAGAAUCACUUGCUGCCAGCAGACUAAAGGUUAAUAAAUAUCAGAGUUGUAAAAAAAAUUAAAACAUUGCAGACUACAGACAAAACAAUAUAUAUCUGACAUUAACCAUUGUAUAUGUAAAGCAAACUUACACAGUGCCAUUUUAAAACAGAUUUACCUGUAGAUAACAAUUUGAUCAAAUUUGUCUGGUAAUUCUUAUCAGAAUGUUAUGUAUAGAGAUUAACUACAUGUGCACAUACUACAAAACUGCAGCCUCUUUUAAUGUCUUUGCUAAAGCAACUUCAUGAUAGGCACCAAGAAAACACAUAACUUUUGUGUUAGUAUACAGGAUUGUCCAUCAUUGACGGCCCUUAAAAAUCAAAUAAAAAUAAAAGAGAAAGUGAUGACUGAAUGACUGGUUUGACGAGUGUUUUCUGUGUUAAAUACAUGUAUGAUGAUAUAUAUUUUUAUUACUUACAUGUACAUUUUCUGUUGAUAAAACUGUUUUUAUAACACAAGUUGAAACAAUAUCUUGUAUUAUCACUGACCUAAUGUUUUCUGAACCUGUAUUACCCUAGUUGAUCUAUUUGAUGGAUUUUAUACAUGACCUACUUUAGAUUUCCCAGGUUUCCUUUUCAGUUACAAAUAGAUUGAUACAACACCUUGUGUCAAUACUUUAGUUUCUGAAUCCGUAUCAUUCUAGUCAGUUGGUUUGAAAAACUAUUUUAUGCCCCCAACUGUGGGCAUAUUAAAAUUACAUCAUCUGUCUUGUAUAAAUUCUUGUCAGGGCUGUAACUCUGCCAUCCAAAUGGAAUUUGAAAUAACUUGACAUAAAUGUUCACCAUAAUGAAACAACAUAUCGUGUACAAGACCCAGACCCCCUAGCUCCAUGGGCAAGGUCAGACUUAGAAGUCGAAGAUUAAUAGGGUCUGUUUCGUGUCAGGUUCAUAACUCUUGCCAUUCAUCAAGGGAUUUUGAAGUUACUUGGCAUAAAGGUUCCCCAUAAUGAGAUGAUGUGUCAUGCGCAAGAUCCAGACCCCUAGCUCUGAGGUCAGGGUCACACUUAGAGGUUAAAGGUUAACAUGGUCUGUUUCUUGUCCAAUCCAUAACUCUGCCAUUGAUGAAGGGAUUUUAACAUUACCUGGCAUAAAUGCUUGCAGGCAUUUGUCAGAAAUUUGUUUGUAUGUAAAUAAUUAAUAAAAGAAAAAUUACACUGUUGAUGUGUGUAGAUCUAGACACCUUAUAUCAUGUCUUAUUGGUUCUGGUACUUUUCAUUUCACUCUCCUUAGGACUCUGGCGAUAUAAGAAAUGUAUAGAAACCAACCCUUCUGAUACAAGUACCCAGGUCAGUGCAUUUGUAUAAUAUAAUGUGAAAAGAAUAACUUUGAUGUUGCAAACAUCACUGUAGAACAAGUGUGGUUUAUAGCCAUAGAAAUGAUGUAAAACAUCAGUAAAAUAAUUGUGUAGUCAAAGACUGACAUUUCACAUUGAGAGAACAUGUGUUAGAUUUUGAUUUAAACCAAUUGAAUUAUGCUGUUGUUAUUUUGUCUUGAUAAAAUCAUGUUUGUUACAUUUGAUAAAUCAUCUUGUUAGUGUUUUGUUAUGAAAUGACAUUAAAUGCUGGUAAAACAUGAAUGAUGUUAUAGACACUGUUAAACAUAAUAUUGUAGAUGUUGAUAAAACAUAGUGUUAGGCGCUAAUAAAAUAUUGCACGAGAUUUUGAUAAAACAUGGAGUUGUUUUACAUCUUUUGAAAUGCUGUUUGCAAUACUGCUUAAGAUGUUGGACAGAGAAUGUAAGAUAGUGAUGAAACAGGUCGUCAUGUCAGCGCAAUAACUCAAUAAGUGCUUAUAUAAUAUAUAUGCACUUAUUGAGUUAUUGCACUGACAUGACGAGGUGAUGUUAGAUAUGUAACACCUGUAUGUUAGAUAUAUAAGUGCAGUGUAACUGUAGUUUAGACAUAACUGUGGAGAUGAUGAUUAUAUUAAAUAAACAUAUUGGUGUUAGACAUAAUUUAUUAUAUGGACAUGGUUGUGAUGGUAAAUGAACAUUAUUGUGUAAGACAUAUUGAGGUGUAAUUAUGUUGUUAAAUAAAUAUAACUGUGUUAGACAUAUAUGAACCUGGUGGUAAUGCUACAUUGUAUAUGAACAAAAUUGUGUAAGACAUAUAUGGUCCGAGAUAAUUCUGAACUGUGUUAGACAUACUUGAAGAUGUUAAAUGAAGAUUACUGUAUUAGAUAUGCAUGUUGAUGUUUGAUACAGGUAAAAUAUAAUGUAAAAAUAAUGAUUAACAGAAUUUGAAGCUAAGGCAAUCCUUAUUUUAUGAAACAUAUUGCCAUUGAUGUAAUGUUUGAUUUAAUAAUUGAAAUGGUAAAGUAGGACAUAUUGGAAAAAAAUGUUACUUUUUCACUUGAAAUAUCAAUUUGUUAAAGGGAUUUCUCAUGACGAAAACAAAAAGAAAAAACUACCAUUUUGUUUUAAUCUUUAGCCUGUUAAAUGUCUAAAAUGGACUACUCUAUCAUUCAGUUUGGGCAGUACCAUUUAUUAUUCAAAGGGGUGUUCACAGAAAAUGUACUGACUGAUAGCAAAUAGCACAGACCAGGAUCAGACUGCACGGAUGUGAAGGCUGAGCUUGGUCUGCACUGGUCGCAAAGGCAGAAUCACUUGCCGCCAGAAGGCUAAAGGUGUUAAGUAAAGAAUGACAGACAUCUGGUAGACAUGUCUACAAACCAUUGUGUAUGUAAUCUGUUACCUAUAACAUUCCAAGAACAUGUUUUUGUUUUGAAAGUUUUAAUUGUUAUAAUUAUUAUUUAUAAAUAAGUCAAGAAACGGGCAUCUCUGCACAACUAAGUCUAUUUGUAACCAACUAUAUACCUUUGGUCUCUAAAAACAUUUCUCUUUUUAAUAAAAAUGAUGAAAACGUAUAUGAUUAUGUAUGGAAACAGAAAACCCCUGAAACUGAAAACUGAAGACAUUUCUGUUAAAAACAAUCUUAAAGAAACACAUGAAAACUUACCAAAACUUCAGACUAUGAUAUUACAGUUGUUCAAUAUAUGAAUAUCAAUACAAGAUGAACAAAAAGUUCAGUCUUCUGUGCAGACUGCGGUAACCAAAACUAUAAGGUAAACAGCCAAUGUGAUAAUAAUCAUACCUAUAUUAUGAGCCAUAAAUGGACACACUUGUUUGAUACAUAUACCUUAAAACACUUACACUUGAUUUUGGAAAUGAAGAAACCAGAGCUAUAGAGUAAUUAAAGUUAGCCUGGUAGCCAAAUGUAUAUAGUGGGUUAUAUGUGCAGUCGUGCAGAGGUGCACUUGAUUAAACUACAUAUGAAUAUUUAGGACACACAUAUUUGUGAAAAAGGUGUAAUUUUUGUGCAAUUUAUUAAUGUAUUUAUUAACAUUUUUAAAUUUUGUUUUUAAAAAUAGACUGUUAUAUAUUGUUUAACUCACUUGCUUAUUUGUUAUAUCGCUGUUAGAAGAAAAGAGGAGUUUGAUGGUUUGUCGAUAAGACAGAUUGAUGAACGAUCAUGAUGCUGGAGGUCAGUUAUUCCGAAUGAUGUUAAACUGUCCAUGGUCAACAGAUUACCCCAUUUGUAAGAGAUUAUUAUGUCAAGGUCAUAGUGACCUGCAAUUGAUUUUGCUUCUAUGAUUUAGGAGCCAUUUGACAUAUAAUGUCAAAACGUCGUAAUGAUGAUUGCUUUUAGAUUAUCAUAUUGUUUUAUGGUCAGUAGCUUAAAUGACUGUUUCUGUUUUUAUGGUGUCAGAAAGUUAAAGUAACAGUUAAAAUGGUGCUCAAAGUUGUUCCCAACCAAUUACUUGGGUUUGCUUUUGCCUAUGUCUGUCAAGUUUUACAUGAUGGUUGCCUAUCAUCAGGUUAGUAGAUUACCCUGUAGUCAUGUAGGUCAAAUGUCAAGGUCACAGUGCCCAGGAGAUGGAAAAUGGUCUCCAGUCAGUAUCUUUAGAAUGCUCAUAGCCACCAGACUUCCGAUAAUUAUUGCCUGUUGUUAGGACAUGGCACCUUUUGUUAUUUAGGUCAAGGUCAAGGCAUUAACUGCUAUAUCGAGUCUGCAGCUGUGUUAGUCAUACUGCACAGGAUAAUUCUGUAUAGGUUGUAGGUGACCUUUAUGUGUUUUGAUAUAUUAGGCCAAUGUCGAGGUAACAGCUACAUGGAGUCUCAAAAUUACUUACCCAGUUUUCUCUGACCAGAUAUCAUGUGGAACAUGUCUUUGUGGCAGCUCACGUUUCAGUUUUUAUAUCGUAACAUAUUUGAGCCGCGCCAUGG